CUCUUUCUCUCUCUAUCUCUUUCUCUCUACCUACCUAUCUAUCUCUCUCUGUCUCUGUCCUUUUCCUUCUCUUUCUCCAUCUCUCUUUCUUUCUCUCGCUCUCUCUCUCUCUCUCUCUCGUACGAUCGUGACUUAUUCACGGGGGCCGCCUUCCUACAGUGUGUUACUCUCUCUCUCUCUCUCUCUCUCUCUAUCUAUCUAUCUCUCUCUCUUUCUCUAACUCAAGAGCGCUUCUUACUUCUCGUUAUACGCUGUGCGAGGAGAGGUGCAUCGCGUUAGAGCUCGCGAAAUGCCAGUGAUUCGAUGCGACUUCAAGUGCGCGUAUCGUGUUCUCCAAGUUGGCACAGUGAAAAGCUAAGAAAUCGUUGUGUAUCUCUUACGUUGUCGACGACGACGACGACGACGACGACGACGACGACGCUGUGAAACUUGCUUGGUGAAGCUUAUCGUUUUCUCUCUCUCUUUCUCUCUCUCUCUCUCUCUCUCUCUGUUUCUCUCUCUCUCUCUCUCUCUCUCUCGCUCUCUCUUUUUCUUUCUCUUUCUUUUUCUUUCAGUGUAUCAGUGUAUACAUAUGUGUGUGUGUGUGUGCGUGUGUGUGUAUGUGUAUGAUUGCGCGCGCACAAGAACCCACGCUCCUCGUAUACUCUACUUGAAAAUAUCAUACUUUCGUGUGUCCACUUUGGAAAGAGUCUGGCAUGCCUCAUCGAAUUCGUUUCGAGAAAGCGAACGAAGAUGAGGAAGCAUCUUAUAGAAGGAAUAGUAAAGAGAUCGUAACUGAAGGAAUAGAUUCCUCGUGUCGCUUUUGUGAAAGAAAAAGUGAAUGAUAAUAAUAAUAAUAAUAGUAAUAAUGAUAAUAAUAAUAAUAAAUAAAUAAAUAAAUAAAGUAAUAAUAAUAAAGUUAAUCGUAAAAAGAAAAACAAGGGCGAGGAAUUAGAGAAUAAUAAAUAAAGGAUUUUCAUGAUUUUUCGGGAGAAGUUUGUACGAAGAAUGAUUUUGAUCGAGAGAGAAGGAAGAAGAAGGAGGAGGCGAGGCACGGAAUCGAAAAAGGAAAGCCACGGUGAUUCGCGACUGGAAGACCUCGGCGUUGCACCUUAGGAUCGCAGAAACGCUGUGUGUACGAGCGUUGAGAAGGGUAUCCAAAGGAAAGAGGAGGGGGAGAGGUUGGAGAAAAGGACGAAGUAAAGAAGAAGAAGAGGAGGAGGAGGACGUCGAAGACGAGGACGAGUAGGAAGAAGGAAGAAGAAGAAGAAGAAGAAGAAGAAGAAGAAGAAGGACUCGUUGUGCUUGGGGCAAGUAACGUCUCUUGUCCAAAGGGAUGCCGAUAGUCGAAGGGGGAAGAUCGGUGUUCGAUAAUAGAACUCCGCGAGGACGUGUUGAUCUUUGGGUAGGAAAUAGACGCAACCCAUGAGGCCACUCUCCUUCGAGAACCUUAGGAGGCUCGUGAGCCGCAAGAAGGAUAGAAACGAGCCAUCCUUCAAACGUAGCGAGUCGUUUAAAAGGAUAUCUAUAAGGAAAAGUUAUCUCGAUCGUGGUAAACGACGUAACAAGUUGCAAAAGAAUCUUGAACCGGUGAUAACGGCUCAACCGGUGGUUGUAGUGUCAGCACCGGCCACUACGAGCGUGCCGGACCAACAGGAAAAUGUACAGGCUACGAGGAUCAAGAUCAAGGAGGAACAGGAGGUUAGGAGACAACAGGAAAACGUAUCGCUUAGCCGUGAAUCUAUCAGUUAUGACGAAUGGUUACAAGGCGUUGGCUCCUCCUCUCGUGAUAAACUUCAAGAAAAAAUAUUGGUCCAAGAGGCUACGAGUAAAGUUUCGUCGAAGGUUACGACGAGACAACAAAUUCAAGAUCGUCGCUCUAGCAAUGAUCUAACUGACGACUUAAACUCAGCGAUUUUGUCAUUGAAACCGUUCGGUCCUAAUACGCACGACGAGGACGAUUGGAUUUAUUCUGAAAAAAAUGUUCAUCAUAACGAUAAUCUUGGACAAACGCGUGAAAGCGCGUGUGUACCCCUUGAAACUGGACCGCCCAGUGUCAGUAUCAGCCUUGGACGAGUUUGGAGGGACGCCGUACCGGUACCAUAUCCUUCCUCUUCCGGGCCCUCCGUUCAUCAUUCGUUGGACAGUGCAUUGAAAGAACGAAAACCUUCACAACCGACGGUCGCUAGAACCGUCUCGGCCCCGGAAAAGACAAUCAUCAAGGACAACACAUCAUCCUCGUCCUCGUUUGGCUUCUCGCUUAGGAUCGGCAAGCUGGCUGACUUCAGGGCAGGGAGCACGAGGAAUGGAUUCUUCCGACGAAAAACGUCUAAGCCAUCACCGAGCGUCAGUACCGAAGGUUAUUUCAAGAGGACCAGCGGUCAAAGGAGAUCGAGUUCGAGAAGACGUGGAAAGAGGACGACGUCGUCGCAGCGUACGACCUCCCAGAGGACAUCUCAAAGGACAAAGAAAAAGAAUGAUCAACAGUCGGCUGUUCGUGAGAACAGUCCGGUAUGGUUCGUGCCACCGGAAAGGAGACGUUCGAGACGUCAGAGACGAGUUUGGCGAGAGAUUCGUUAUUUUCCUGAGGAGGAGGAGAAUCGGGAGGAUGAAGCAGGAGCAAGAGCAGGAGCAUUGAUUCUCGAAAAAUACGACGAUUAUUAUUCGUCGAAUUUGUCGGAUGAUCAAUUCGACGAUCAAAAAUUGUUACUCUCUGGGGAUUUUAAUGAGAGAAGAGACGAGGCAUUCAAUUCUCUCGUUUCUUCGUCGUUAGGUUCCUUCUCGGUUACGUCAUCUUCCUCCUCGGUAUGUCCAGCGCCAAAAAUCAGCGAUUUCAACGAGGACAAAUUAUUCUCCGAGGAAUUGAGGAAUCGUGGUUUACUCGGUAGAAGAACCAUUUGGAAAAAUAAUACGACGUCUCCUAUCGUUACAACAGAAAAUUAUUUUACUAGCAGUCAAUUUAUUAAUUUUCUCGCUAAGAAUUCAUCCGAUCGUAACACCAAAGAAAGAUCAAGAAAGGAUAGCAAUUCAUAUUACAGAUAUCUGAGCUCUAGUGAGAGCGAUAACGAAUCUUCUCGACGUGAUAUCCUCGACGACGAUCGUCUCUCUCAACGUCAGCAACAACAUCUUAAACGACAAAAAUCUGGACCGAGAAGACGACCUUUAAGAAGAAAAUCGCAACUUCGCCGAGCAUCUGGCCAGCCCGUUUUUCUUGUUCGCAAAUGCUCGUCCUUGAGAAAACGACCCAGAGACAUAACGCAAAAGGGCUAUGAAAAGAAACGGACUCGUCUACUACAGCAAUAUGCUUCAAAACAACUCGGAGGUCGGCUAGUACCUGGUGGGAUCGCCAGUCCUCCGGGAUCUGGCGGCUCAACCGGAAACACCGGGAACUCAAACUCGGCUGCUGCGAGACGCGGUAAUCGCAGACUCACGCGCAAUGAGAGCCGCUAUCAUUCCGAGGUACGUCAGGAGGCGGUACAGCAAGCCCUGGCAGCUAUGCAAGGUCGGCCGAAACCUUCCUUGCCAAUGCCAUCGAAGAGAACUUCCGUCAUGGCUAGAAGUCCUGAACGAGAACGUCGCGAUAGCGGAGAAUCUAGUAGCGAUGAGGAUAGUGUCGUAACGGAAGAGAGUCCUGGUGCUGGUGGUCCAACUGACACUAGCAGUACCGGAUCAGCACGUGAUACUCCACCACCACCAAGACCACCGGCAAGGAGGCCACCUGGUGCCGACAUUACUGACAUCGCCGAAUAUACGCCUCAUGCUUAUUGUAACAUACAACCACCGGACGUAACACACACGGGCAGUACGCCAACGGCACAACAGUCUACGAGACGGCCUGGUGCCGAUCGUGUCAAUCGUUACCACGUAGUCGAGGAUCAAAAUAAUACUGGAACAACUGGACGUUGGAAGGUAUCAGCGAAAAUUCAACAAUUAUUGAAUACGUUAAAACGGCCAAAGAGACGGCCACUUCCUGAAUUUUACGAGGACGAUGAUAUAGAACUCGAGAUAGCUGCUAAUCCGAAAGAUCCUAAUGCACCAAAACCGGAAGGUGGUUCGAUGACGUCUGCGAUCGGUGAACCAUUGUCCGUGCCGUCAGGCCUGCCUAGAUCACUCGAAGCCGCUAUUCAAAGGUACGGCUCAGCAAGUUACAAAGCACCGGUCGCAACCGUUCUAGAUCCUAACGGCAAACUCUGCAUCACAUUGACAUAUGGAAAACUUUUAAGUCGUUCCCAUAAAAUAGCCUAUACACUUUUAAACAAGGCUCUAAGCCGUGGCGGUGAUUGUUGUCUCAAGCCUGGAGAUAGAAUCGCUUUGGUAUAUCCGAACAACGAUCCAAUAAGUUUCAUGUGUGCAUUUUAUGGUUGCCUUCAAGCUGGUAUCGUCCCCGUACCGAUCGAGGUACCAUUGACACGUCGAGACGCAGGUUCCCAACAGAUUGGUUUUCUUCUUGGUAGUUGUGAAAUACAGGUGGCCCUAACCAGCGAGGCCUGUCUCAAAGGUUUACCAAAGACAGCGGCUGGCGAGGUUGUAGCUUUCAAGGGUUGGCCAAAAUUACAUUGGUUCGUUACAGAACAUUUAGGUAAAACUCCAAAAGAUUGGUUACCACCGCCUCGUUUAACCGACGAUACACCAGCUUACAUCGAGUAUACUACAGUAAAGGAUGGAUCGGUGAUGGGUGUGACAGUGACAAGAUCAGCUAUGCUUGCUCAUUGUCGUGCCCUUACUCAAGCAUGCGGUUAUACAGAAGGAGAAAAUGCCGUUUGUGUGUUAGAUUUUAAACGGGAAGUUGGCCUCUGGCAUAGCACUCUUACUAGCGUAUUAAAUGGGAUGCACGUUAUAUUUAUACCUUAUGCCUUGAUGAAGGUCAAUCCAGCUAGUUGGAUGCAAAUGAUAACGAAACAUCGGGCUAGCGUGGCUGUUGUUAAAUCACGAGAUCUUCAUUGGGGUUUAUUAGCGACCAAAGAUCACAAGGAUAUAUCAUUAUCCUCAUUGAGGUUGCUACUAGUCGCUGACGGUGCCAAUCCUUGGUCCCUUUCCUCUUGUGAUCAAUUUCUUUCGGUGUUCCAAUCGAAGGGUUUAAGACCAGACGCUGUAUGUCCUUGCGCAUCCUCUAGCGAAGCCCUUACCGUUUCUGUCAGAAGACCUGGCCGAGCAGGAGUAAAUGCUACUGGGCGUGGUGUCCUUUCUAUGUCAGGAUUAAGCUACGGUGUUGUUAGGGUAGAUCAAGAAAAUUCAUUGACUUCACUGACGUUACAAGAUUGUGGUCAAGUUAUGCCAGGAAGUAUCGUAGUGGUAGUUAAGAUGGAAGGAAAGCCAUACAUUUGUAAAACCGAUGAGGUUGGUGAAAUAUGCGUCCAUAGUGCUGCAACUGGUAGCCAAUAUUGGGGAUUGCAAGGAUUAACAAACAAUACUUUCAAAGUAUCACCUUUACAAGCGGAUAGUACUCCAUUAGGCGACGUGGAAUAUACGCGAUCUGGUUUGUUAGGAUUUCUUGGCCCUGGUGGCUUGGUAUUCGUUUGUGGAUCUCGCGAUGGUCUUAUGACUGUGACAGGAAGGAAACAUAAUGCGGACGAUAUAAUAGCUACCGUAUUAGCUGUGGAACCAAUGAAAUUCAUUUAUCGUGGUAGAAUAGCUGUCUUCAGCGUAAGAGUUUUGAGAGACGAAAGGAUAUGUGUCGUUGCUGAGCAGCGGCCCGAUUGUAGCGAGGAAGAGAGUUUUCAAUGGAUGUCACGUGUUUUGCAAGCGGUCGAUUCAAUUCACGCAGUUGGAAUUUAUUGUCUUGCAUUAGUUCCACCUAAUUAUCUACCAAAAACACCACUUGGGGGUAUUCACCUGUCUGAAACUAAAAGACGUUUUCUAGAAGGUGCACUACAUCCAGCUAACGUCCUGCUCUGCCCCCACACUUGUGUUACCAACUUACCAAAACCGCGUGAAGUGCAUUCGGCGGGGGAUUCUGUUGCAGACGUUGGUCCGGCGAGCGUAAUGGUUGGCAACAUCGUUCAAGGAAAUAGACUGGCUUCUGCUCAAGGACGUGACAUGGGUGUUUUAGAUGAGGAUAGCGAUAACGCCAAGAAGUAUCAAUUCAUCUCGGAGAUUUUACGUUGGCGUGCUGUCAGUACAUCUGAUCACGUCAUCUUCACAUCACUCAAUGCCAAAGGAGCAGUUGCAACUUCGUUAUCGUGUUCUCAAUUGCACAAGAAAGCCGAACGCAUUGGGAAUCUUCUUUUGGAUCGUGGAAGAAUCAACACUGGGGAUCACGUUGCAUUGAUAUUUCCACCUGGGACAGAUUUGAUAUGCGCAUUUUAUGGUUGUCUUUAUGUCGGUGCUGUCCCUGUUACCAUCAGGCCUCCACAUCCUCAAAAUCUACAAACAACAUUACCAACCGUACGCAUGAUCGUCGAUGUCAGUAAAUCGGUACUCGUACUGACGAAUCAAAACAUUAUGAAACUUCUAAAGACUAAAGAAGCUAAUAAUGUCAUCGAGGUGAAAAGUUGGCCAACGAUUCUCGAUAUGGAUGACAUGCCAAAGAAGAAGCUUCCGGUUAUGUAUCGUGCACCUACAGCGGAAAUGUUGGCUUACUUGGAUUUCAGUGUCUCUACUACGGGCAUGUUGGCUGGCAUUAAAAUGUCUCAUGCGGCAGUAACAUCGUUGUGCCGUGCUAUGAAACUUGCAUGCGAAUUGUAUCCUUCGAGACAUAUUGCUCUAUGUUUAGAUCCAUAUUCUGGUCUUGGAUUUGCCCUUUGGUGUUUAAGCAGUAUAUACAGCGGACAUCAUUCCAUUUUAAUACCACCGUCCGAGGUGGAAGCAAAUCCAGCCCUUUGGUUGUCAGCUGUUAGCCAGUCUAGAGUAAGGGAUACAUUUUGCUCAUAUGGUGUUAUGGAGUUGUGCACAAAAGGCUUGGGUUCCUCGGUUCAUGCUCUUAAAGCACGUGGCGUUAGUUUGGCCUGCGUAAGAACCUGCGUCGUAGUUGCUGAGGAGAGACCACGAAUAGCUUUGACUACGAGCUUCAGUAAAUUAUUUUCCGCUCUUGGAUUAAGUCCACGUGCGGUUUCAACGUCAUUCGGAUGUAGAGUUAAUACUGCCAUUUGUCUUCAGGGAGCAUCUAGUCCAGAACCAUCAACGGUAUACGUGGACCUACGAGCAUUACGUAACGACCGUGUUUCCCUCGUCGAAAGAGGCAGUCCACAUUCUCUCUGUCUAAUGGAAUCUGGAAAAUUGUUACCUGGUGUAAAAGUUAUCAUAGCCAAUCCAGAAACAAAAGGCCAAUGCGGCGAUUCUCAUCUAGGAGAAAUAUGGGUUCAAUCGGCUCAUAAUGCCAGCGGUUAUUUCACGAUUUAUGGGGACGAAACUGAUUAUGCCGAUCAUUUCAAUGCACGCCUUGUAACAGGAAAUACCAAUGAGGUUUAUGCCAGGACCGGUUAUCUUGGUUUUCUUCGACGGACUGAAAGCGUACAACAGUCUGUUAUUAGUGAUGUUCCCGGUGAUACUUCUGCAUCCGAAGCCGAUCUUGUACCCGGUGACGCCGAAUUACAUGACGCUGUUUUCGUGGUCGGUGCACUCGACGAAGCCAUUUUACUUAGGGGCAUGCGAUAUCAUCCAAUUGACAUUGAAAACAGUGUUAUGAGAUGUCAUAAAAAAAUCGCCGAAUGCGCCGUGUUUACGUGGACUAAUCUGUUAGUAGUAGUGGUCGAGCUCGAUGGAAGUGAAAGUGAAGCUCUCGAUUUAGUGGCACUAGUUACUAGCGCUGUUUUGGAAGAACAUCAUUUGGUAGUAGGCGUCGUUGUAGUAGUUGAUCCUGGUGUAGUUCCAAUCAACUCGAGAGGUGAGAAACAACGGAUGCAUUUGCGCGAUGGAUUUCUUGCCGAUCAACUUGACCCAAUUUAUGUAGCCUAUAACAUGUGAACGCUGUGCAACAAGAUAAUAGAAUUAUGUUACGUUGAAGUUGGAAUGCUUGUCCGCAUAGUUUAUACAUCUAUAUUGCCAUUGUUAAUAUUUUUUUAAAUACGUACAAGACACAUGACGACCACCAAUGAUCGUGAACGAACGUGAUUAUAUAAGUGCGUGCACUAUCGUACGCUAAAUUUUAGAUAUUUUUUUUUUUUUUUUUUUUUUUUUUACGGACAAGCGUUAUAUAUAUAUGUAUAUGUAUAUGUAUAUGUACAUGUAUAUGUAUAUGUAUAUGAACAAAACAAAAAAAAAAAGAACAAAAACAUAAAAAAUACGCUAACGGAGAUAUUCCGAAGUUUUGCAACUGAACUGCCACACACACACAUACAUACACACACACACAUAAAAGAAAAAAAGAAAAAUCCAUGAUAUUCCAUAAUUUGAUUGUUCUUAUAACUGGAUAUUCUUAAAUAUCGUUCAAUCAUUUAACAUUAUUACAAACGAUGUAAUAAGAUUUUUUUGUUCCCAUCUACGACUUUCGAAAGGAUAGUGAGCGCUUGUACAUUGGUACAACUAAUAUCUGCGAUAAUAUAUUAACUUUGCUAUUUAUAUAUAUAUAUAUAUAUAUAUAUAUAUGUGUAUAUGUAUAUAUAUAUAUAUAUUUAUGGACUGAAUUUUCAAGCGAACGUUUAGAAAAUAAGUUUGAUCGAGAGAAUUUAACACAUACUUUCUAAAUUAUUUUCGAUAUUAUUGUUAUUAUUAUUUACAAUUUAUAAUUUUCACUUUUGUUACAUCGAAAAAUAAGAUACUCUCUCUCUCUCUCUCUCUCCCCCCACCCCCACUCUUUCUCUCUCUCUCUCUCUCUCUCUCUCUCUCUCCCACUCUCUUUCUUUCCAUUGCAUAUAUGAAAUAUGAAUCUUUGCAAUCUUCUAUGAAUAGCUCGCUAUUGUUCUAAUAUUACUAACGUUUAGAUAUCACGAUGAGAAUUAAAAGAAAAGAAAAGAAAAAAAGAAAGGGGAGAAAAAAAAGAGGAAAAAGAAAAAAUCCAAGAAAAAUUAUUCGAAUAUAGUAAUCCAUCUAUAGAUAUACGAAAUGGAAAACUAACGAAAAUAAAAGAUAACAAAAUGUAAGAAAAGUAGAAGAAAAAGAAGAAGAGAAGAAGGAAGAAGAAGAAGAAGAAGAAGAAGAAGAAGAAGAAGAUGGGAUUGUAUUAAGCUGAAUUGCGCACAAUAUUAAACAAUUUUUUAUGUGGUAUAUAAAAUCGAUCUUUAUAACUGCAUUGAAAAAAAAAAAAAAAAAAAAAGAAAAAAAAAGUAAGAAAAAGGAAAAAAAGAAAGAACAAAAAAAAAAAAAGAAAGAAAAGGGGAAAAAGAAACCAAAUCCACAGCGCGCAAUGAACUUAUUAAGAAUCGUUUUGCAUUGAAAGUGUGAUAUCUAUUUUUAGACUUGUAAUAAUUAACGACGAUAAUAACAAUCCUCUUAUAAACCAUUCAUCCGAUUUGUAUUUAAUAAUAUGACGAGUACGCAAGUGUACAGAUUGGGCCAAAAGUUUCCCCAAAUGUAAUUUUAAAAAUCGAUCUAUUAUUAUCCACUUCAAUUUCGAAAUUGUUUAGUCUAUUUUUUUUUUUUUUUUUUUUUUUUUUUUUUUUCUUUUUUCUUUUUUCUUUUUUUCUCCUCAAUCUAGUUCUAUCCGCAAGCUCGGCUUGUUGUAAUUAUGCGAUGUUAAAAGAAAGAAAAAAGAAAAAAAAAAAUAAAUAGAAUUAAAAGUUAAUUUUUAAAUAUAACCAAAAGAGACCUUUGGCCCAUUCUUUUUAUAUCAAGUAGUACAUGAUUGCUAAUGAUAAUUAUAAUUAUGAAUUUAAGCGCAACGAAAUCAUAUUCUUCGUCUUACGUAGUUAAAAGUAACGCAAGUACUCGCGUUUCAUAUUGCAAAUGUAGAAAAGUAUUGUGUAUGUAUGUGAGAUAGUAAAAGCAAAGGAAAGUGAGGGAAAAAAAAAAAAAAAAAAAAAAAAAAAGAAAAAAGAAAAAAGAAACAAACAAAAAUAAUAAGAAUCAUCUUCGCGCAUAUGACCACUUAUCUGUGCUUUACGAUUCGACGUUGAAAUUUUUCGAUUGUCAAAAGGAAAGAAAGAAAAGAAAGAACGGGGUGAAAGAAAGAAAAAAAAAAAAAAAAAAAAAAAAAAAAGAAAAAAGAAAAAAAAGAAAUGGUUUAUUGCGUGCUGUUAAAAAAAAUUAUACAUCGGCUUUAGAGAGAGAGACUGGAUUACAAAGAAAAGAAAAAGAAAAAGAAAAAAAAAAGAAAAAGAAAGAAAGAAAGAAAGAAAGAAAAGUGAUGAAAUGACAAUACAUUUGUGACAGCUAUUUUUUACUAAGAUUUGCAUUGGAAAAAAAAAAAAAUUCGCUCAUCGAACACACAGACUUCAAUUCAUUAAAUUUUUGUUCGUCUUUAUUUAUUUAUUUAUUUAUUAUACACUUUUUUUUUUACUUUUUUUUUCUUUUUUAUUUUCUUUUUUUUUUCUUUUUUUUUUUAUCUCUUCAUAAUCACAAAUUUCGAGGACACUUUAAAUCGGUUUAUUAAGUUCAGCCAUAAUACAUUGCUGUCAAAAUGUAUAAUUACAAAGUAUGCAAUAUUAGAGUCAACCUUCGAAACAUUUUACAAUAAUAAUGCACAUUAAGAGUGUACAAAAUAACUGAAAAAAAAGUCAAAUACUUUAUAUUAUGCAAUUGUCUGAUCAUAUUUUUUUUUUCUUUUUUUUUUUUUUCUUUUUUUUUUUUUUUGAUCUUUUUUGCCCUUUUAUUUUUCACACUAUAUUUUUCAUCGGAUAAUGCUAUCGCAAAACUGGUGAUAGCGACGACGAAAACUUCGGAAUUUGUAAAUUAAUGCAAAAGAAAAUUUUUAAAUUAACGUUUACUUUAGCUCCGAUCCUUUGUGUUUUUCUUUUUUUUUUUUUUUUUUCUAUAACUUUUGAAGAAAUCCUUUUUCAUGCGAUUAUUUUCAUUAAUGCCAAUUCGAAAUU